AUGGAAAUCGAUCGACACUGGAACCCUUUCUCCAAUGAUAGCCCUGACACGCAGCGCUUCAGGCUCGUCCGCAAAUUUCUGAAUCUGCCAAGAAUCCCUCGCGUUUGGUAUCUGGAGGACCGGAUCCGCGAGCCCACUGCGAACGAAAUCAACUUGAUCCUCCGCCCUUACCGAUCCGACAAUGUGCGCAAAGUGGCUUGGGCUAUCUGGCGGGAAAGACACUCUUUCCCAGUUCUCCUGCGGACACACUACAACCCUGACAUGCCUGUUCACAACGCCAUGAUGAACAACUGGAUCAAUGUUGGCCAGUACAUCAGUCAGCUCGCCCCCUGGGCUGUGAUCAAUGACCCCGACUUCUUUGGAAUCCCCGAAAGUGACAAUACCCGAGCCCCGUCAGUCGACUGGCGCAGAGUCAGUUUCAAACUCCCCGAGGCUGCGGGCCCGGAGGCCAUUCUCACCGAUGGCGACGACACUGUUCGCUGGAGGGAUCUUCCGCCCUGGUACCGGUACAAACGCGGUCUCUUCAAGGCCCAGCUUGCCUUUGAGAAGAAGUGCAAGCCUUAUGAGUGGCUUGCAGAUCCCAAACAAAUGAUCGAGAUGUGUGCUGCCGGGGUCCAGUUUGGUGUCUGCGCCAUGGUCUUGAUCGUUGUGGAUAAGGAUGCGUUCGACACUGGCUGUCCCUUGUUGAUGUACGUGGACCACUUUCAGCAGCCCAUUCGGUCUACUCGCUUUGUCUUGAACGAAAAGUCCCUCAACGCCAUUGUUCUUGAUUGGAGUCGUGGUCUUUUGACUCCGUGGAUGUGGGAGGAGAGUGAGGUUGGGGACAAUUACAAGGCCGAUGGGGAAGUUGGUAAGGUCCUUUACCAGUUGAACCAGACAGACAUGACUCUCCCUGGUACUCUCCGCUGA